AUGUCCACUGAAAACGAAACCAACAUUGCAACCGCUGUUGCCGAUGUUGAGAUCAAUGACGAAAACAACUCCACCACGGAUGUUGUCUCUGAAGAGUCCACCGCUGUCGAAACUCCUGUUGAAACUACACCUGUCCCACCACCUUCUAUCAACGACGAGAACGCCUUCCCAACUCUUGGUUCCGGCGUUGUUGCCACUAACAAGAAUGCCGUGUCCUGGGGUCCUUCUAUGAAGACCACUGUGUCCUCUGGAAGUGUUAGCUCGGCACCUUCUUCAAAUGGUAACUCUUCGAACAACUUGACUGCUGGUGUUGCCCGUUCUAAGAACGUUCAAGAGGCUUUCAACAUCUCCCACAUUGCUGCGUUGAACAUCAUCAAGACCGAGUUCAUCAAGAUUGUCUCUGAUCUCAAGAAGGCCCACAAUGUCUCCAUCGAGUCCACUUUGUCCACAAAGACCCAAGACAGAUCCUUCAUCGUUACCGGUAAGCCAAACGAUGUUGCUCGUGUCAGAAGAGAAUUGGUUCGUCGUCUGACUAAACCUGUCGCUGAAUCCUUCAAGGUUCCUGCAUCUACAAGAUCUGCAAUCAUCGGUUCCGGUGGUAGAAACUUGAAACCAAUCGUUGAGGCUACUGCUACCAAGAUUGACAUCGAGAGAUCUCAAACUCCUUCGUCCACCGACCAGGAAGAUGACGAUGAGAUCACCGUCACCAUUACCGGUGACGUUGAUGGUGUUCUUGAGGCGAAGAAGAGUAUUUUGGCCAUCGUUGAGGAAGAGACAAAGACUCUUACUGCAAGAAUCACCGUUCCUGAAAGGGUCCGUCCAUUUGUUCAACCACUUGAAUCUAGCGAGGAGGACUUGGUCGUUGCAGGUCCAAACAAGAACGGUAUCAUCACCAUUUCUGGCUUGAGAGAUGAGGUUAUUUCCAAGAAGAAUGAACUCUCACAGGAGUUCGAUUCUUUGAACAAAAAGAUCAAGGUUGAUGUUAAAACCAUUCCAAAGAAAUAUCAACAAUUCAUCAACACUGAACAAUUGUGGAAGGAGUUCCAAGUUGUUGUCAAACUCCCAGAUGGAGAAGACGAUACUGAAGUUGAAUUUGUUGGUCUUGAAAAGAACGUUGACGCCGCUAUCAAGUCUGCUAGAAACACAAGCUCUCAGUUUGUCAUUGACUCACUGGUCAUCUCCAGAGCUCACGGUGGUGAUGUUGUCCACGCCAGACGUUUGGCUGCCUUCUUGUCUUACUCUGGUCUUCUGAAGGAGAUUGGUAAGCAACAUCACACUAGUAUCCAAGCUCCUCCAUACUCAAAGUUAGCUGGUGAUGAGUUGUCUUCGAUUGCUAUUGAGACCAGUGGUCCUUCAUCAGAUCCUGCAUCGAUCCAGGCAUCUAGAAAGGCCAUUAUUGAUACCGUCAACCGUUUCACACCAUCCCGCUUCUUGGUUGUUUCCGAUCUUUCUUCAUUCUUUGCAAAGAGAGUUGUUCAUGCUACUGAAGGAACUGCAAAGGUUGAAAAUGUUGCUGUUGUUCCAUUGUCCGAACUAUCUAACAAUGCCACGGAUGAUAUCAUCUUUGUUGCACUUGACGGCAAGGAUGACGAAUUCGCACCAACCCAAGAGGAGAUUGACUCUAGACUAAGAAAUACUGCUGAAUCUUUGGAUGAGCUGAGAAAGGCCCAAGAACACUUGAAGAGAGUUGUCUUGGACGUUCCAUCUGACAAGCAACAGUUCAUUGCUGGGCCAAACGGAACUACUCUAGCAAGCUUGAUUGAGUCUGCAAACUCUGUAAAUAUUGUGCUUCACAAUGAUGGUAAAGCUGAAGCAGAUGACAAGGUUUUCAUCGAGGGUGCAAAGACUGAUGUUGUUAAGGUUGAGAAGGAGAUUGCCACCUUACUGGCUGAUGCUGCUGAUCAAACUGACUUGUACAGCUUCGUUCUUGAGACUACUGUUCCAACAUCUGUCUUGUCAAGAUUGAUUGGUAAAUCGGGCUCUAACUUGAAAGAGAUUAGUGAAAAGUUUGCUGUUAAUAUCGACGUCGAUAAAGAAGAUUCAGGUGAAAAGACCGGCUUGAAAAUCACUGGUUACAAGUUCAACGUUAAGGAGGCUGAAGUCCAUAUUGCACAUGCUGCUAAGAGAUGGGCUGACGAGAUCACUAAGACUUUAAUCGUUGCUAAGCAAUAUCGUGCAUCCUUGAUCGGUUCCAAUGGUCAAAAUGUCAAGAAAUUGCAAACUAAGUACAACGUUGCUAUCCAUUUCGAUAGAACUACUGAUGAUGUCACCAUUAAGGGCCCAUCAAGAGGAGUUGCCAAGGCUACUGAGGAAUUGAAGGAUCUUCUUGACUUUGAGAUUGCCAACGGUUAUACUAAGGAGUUGACAGUUCCUGUAGCUGCUAUCUCAAGAAUCAUUGGUCGUUCUGGUGAGAACGUGAACCGUAUUGCUGUUGACACUGGUGUUGAUGUGAGGGUUCAUAAAGGUCCGGAUGGAUCAGAAACCGGUACUAUUGUUUUGACAGGUUCAAGAACAGGACUGACCAAUGCUGAGAAACAAAUUGAGGCUAUUGUUAAAGAAGUUGAAGAUACCAUUACCGUUGAGCUUGAAGUUGAUCAAAAGUAUUUCAAGGACAUUUUGGGUCCAAAGGGUGCAACUAAGCAAAAGAUCAUCACACAGGCCCUUGGUAACUCUGAAGGCGUUGCUGCUAAGUUGUUACAUGUUCCAGAGGCUGGCUCUGAUGUUUCUGUUAUCUCUUCCACAGGUCCAAAGAAGGUUGUUGAGAACAUCAUUGAGCAAAUCAAGGCCAUCGUUGCCGAUAAAGAGAGUGCAAUUCAGGAAACUCUCGAGAUCCCAAAGAACAAGCACAGAUUGUUGAUCGGUGCCGGUGGUUUCGUUCGUCGUUCUUUGGAAGAUGAGUUUGAUGUUUACCUCGACAUUCCAAAGGCUGAAUCCAAAUCUGACUCGGUCGUGAUCCAGGGACAACCAGCUAACGUUGAAAAGGCCAAGGCCAAGGUUCUUGAGUUGACUGCAGAUUCAUGGAAGACUGUCGUUGAAGUUCCAGUGAACGUCCAUGCCUCUGUUUUCCAAAGAGGUUUGUUCGCAAAGGAUGUAAGAAUUGAGCACAACGUUGACAUCAGCUUUGGUGAUGCUAACAGAAAGGCACAGAAGCUGUCCAACGCUGUUCCAACUCUUCCAGAUGGUGUUCGUGGUGAGGGCGAAGAGACUGAGAAGUUCACCGUUGUCGAGGAUAAGCCAGUGGAAAACGAUGAUGUUAUCCCAUGGAGACUGUCUGGAGAAGACGAGGAAGUCGCCAAGGUUGAGAAGUUGAUUAAAGACGCCAUUGCGCAGCACUCCAACGACGAUACUAUCGGUUUCUUCUGGUUCAAAACACCAGAGAAAGUGUUCCGUAAGGUCAUCGGGUCCCAAGGCUCACGCUUGAACAGUUUGAGAAAGAAGUCUGGCGCACAGAUCACGGUCCCAAAACCAUCAGACAAGGUAAACGACAUCAUCUACAUCAAGGGUCCAAAGGCUGCCGUCGAGAAGGCUGAGAAGCUCCUCCGUUCUGAGAUCAGCGCUUGA